CAGGCCAAAAAUCUCUCAAUCACUCACUCUCCCCAUUCUACUCUUUGCAGUCAAAAAUGGAGUCUCGCGUGCUCACCGGCGCCACCAUUCGCGGCCUGGCCCUUCGCCUGAAGCCGUCGGCUAGACUCACCGGAACCUGCACUCUCCCCGCCACCAAGCUCACAGGAAGACUCAGCGACGCCGGGAACUUGAUAUGGGGAAGGCAGCUCCGACCGGCGAUACUGCUCGAGGCUUCACCGGCCAGCGUCGCUGUUCCGGCGAUGAAGAGAGAGAGCAUCCGCCCGUGCUCCGCCACUGCGGAGGGCAGCGACUCCGCCGGGGGAGCUAAGGUCGGGUUCUUAGAGAAAUAUCCGGCGCUCGUCACCGGAUUUUUCUUCUUCAUGUGGUACUUUCUGAACGUCAUAUUCAACAUUCUCAACAAGAAGAUCUACAAUUACUUCCCCUAUCCAUAUUUUGUAUCAGUUAUACAUUUGUUUGUUGGUGUUGUCUACUGUCUCGUAUCCUGGGCUGUUGGCCUCCCUAAGCGCGCUCCAAUUGACGGGAACCUCUUGAAGUUGCUCAUCCCUGUCGCUGUAUGUCAUGCACUAGGCCACGUGACUAGUAACGUCUCUUUUGCUGCCGUUGCAGUCUCGUUCACUCACACUAUUAAAGCCCUGGAGCCUUUCUUCAAUGCUGCGGCUUCACAGUUCAUUCUUGGACAACAGAUACCUUUGACGCUAUGGCUGUCUUUGGCACCAGUUGUUAUUGGUGUGUCGAUGGCAUCACUGACCGAAAUGUCCUUCAACUGGUUGGGCUUCAUUAGUGCAAUGAUAUCCAACAUCUCCUUCACUUACAGGAGCAUAUACUCAAAGAAAGCUAUGACUGAUAUGGAUAGCACGAACUUGUAUGCCUACAUUUCAAUCAUUGCCCUUAUUGUCUGCCUCCCUCCCGCGAUAAUUAUUGAGGGACCUCAAUUGCUCAAGUCUGGUUUCAAUGAUGCAAUUGCAAAAGUGGGUCUGACAAAGUUCGUCACGGAUCUUUUCUGGGUUGGAAUGUUUUACCACCUCUACAAUCAGCUGGCAACCAACACCCUUGAGAGAGUGGCACCUCUAACACAUGCAGUUGGGAAUGUGUUGAAACGUGUUUUCGUGAUUGGCUUCUCAAUCUUGGUCUUUGGUAACAAGAUUUCACUACAAACUGGUAUUGGUACUUCCAUUGCCAUUGCUGGAGUUGCUAUGUACUCUUUCAUAAAGGCUAAGAUUGAAGAGGAGAAACGACAAGGGAAAGCGGCAUAGGUGCUGGACGCAGAAGAAGUCUCAGGUGAAGUUGUAAUACUAUAUAUCUCCGACAACAAACUGGCUGCCUGAGAACAUCUUUUGGCAUUGUGAAAUGAGUCUAUUUAAUCUUCUUUUAUUCUACUUUCAACUGUCGUAUGUAUUUUCAGUUAAUAAUAUGACUCGUGGCGCGGUCAACAUUGUGAUCAGAAGCCCUGAGCUUAAUUGUUAUUAGAAAGUCGAGGAUGAAAUUUGUGAAUAGUCUAUUUUCGUGGGAACAGACCCCUUCCGUGUUUCAUUUUAA